AUGGAGGUGAAGCGGUACCGGGCGGCGUAUUCGUUUGAUGCUCGUACAGAAAGGGAAUUGAGUAUAAGUGUAGGUGACUUUAUCGAUGUCGAGCAAAAGUCUAAUGGAGAAUGGCCAAAUGAUCAGCGUUGGAUGGUUGGAAUCAGUCAGAAAACUGGAAAGUCGGGAGAAGUACCUGGAAAUUAUUUGGAAUUUGUGGAAAUGUUAGCUCAUCAGCCCAAUUCGCGAAAUGCGGCUUCUCCCGUUGGAAGCCACGCCUCUAUCGAUAGACCAUUGACUCAAGUUCGCCCGAAACCUAAGCCACGUACUGUUUCUAUGCAUAGUAAACUGAACCAGAGGGUGCAACCGCAACCUGCUCCGCUUCGUUCUCUAACAGUGAGAAACGCUCCGCAAACUGUGACCACGCCUCCUGUUUCUGCACCUGCCAGGGGUGAACUUACCAGUUCAAGUGGUCCACAGCGGCCUCCCCGGUUACUUCGAGUCAGCAGUACUAGUUCUUCUGUACCUGCGAUUCCAAAGAGGCAGUCGUUUAAGUAUGCUGCUGCUCCUGGUGAAGACAGACGAGAGCACAGCAAAUCAGAAAGCUGCAUUGAAAUUCCUCCACCUGUUGCUCCUCGAAGGAAAGUAGAUGUAGUUGUUGAAGCAAAUGACUCUUCUGUAGUUUUGCCCAUGGAGCCUCCUCCUUUGGCUCCUCGACGACAACAACUUGAAACCAGUAAAACAGUCUCUACAGUUUCUGACAAUGUAGCUGAGCACGACUUAUUCGAGGCGCAUUUCCCGAAACCAACUUACUGCAAGCACUGUGACUGUUUUAUUUGGGGUCAUGGGAAGACUGGACUCAAGUGUUCAAAAUGUGACUUUGCUUGCCAUGUUGGAUGCAAAGAUGCUGCAAUUCAAAGUAAUUCUUGUACUCCCAAUGCUAAAGAUGGUUUUUAUGAUGAGGAGGAGGAAGAGGAAGUACAAGAGUACACUGACGUUGUUGAUUCUCACUUGGAAUGGAAAGUAAGUGACGUUCAAAAGUGGAUGGUUGCUAUCAACUUGGAGGAAUAUGCAUUUCUGUUUCUUGAAAAACAAAUUGAUGGAAAAAAUCUAGAUCAGCUAAAUGACAAGGGAUUGCAGGAAAUGGGAAUAUGGGAUCCUGUUCAUAGACAGAUGAUGAUGGAGACUAUAAAUGAGCUAUGCCGUGGAUCGUCAUCUGUGAAAUCUACACGUCCAUCAGCGGAUGAUGUUGAUACUCGUCGAAGUAGCUCAGAAGCAAUUCAGAAGAAGAAGAAUCGUUUGUCAGCAGCAUCAUUGUUUAGCAUGGGAACACAGGCGACGACUGAUAAACAUGUGAAUGGUCACAGUUUUAAGACGCACUCUUAUUCAAUGCCAACCUGGUGUGACAAAUGUGGCAAAUUUCUCUGGGGAUUAGUGAGGCAAGGAGUGCAGUGCAAAGAAUGCAGUUAUAAUUGUCAUCGUAUGUGCAUGACUGUUGCCGUACCUUACUGUGUGCCAAAGCCCAAAAAAGGCAAGCAAAAAGUGCCGAUGUUUGGUUCUGAGCUUGAAGAUGCAAUGAAAGAUCCUAAUUUAGAGGCACCUAUUAUAGUGAUCAAAUGCAUAGAAGCUGUUGACAAAAGAGGUCUAGAUGCUGAAGGUAUUUAUCGUGUGAGUGCCAGCCAGAUGGAUAUUAACAGAUUGAAACAAGCAUUUAAUGAUGAUCCAUACAAAGUCAACUUGGAUGACAGUCACUGGUCUGACAUUCACACAGCAUCUGGUUGUCUCAAAAUGUAUUUUAGGGAGUUACCAACACCGCUAUUUACAUACAACCUAUAUGAUGACUUUAUAUCAGCGGCAUCAGUAUCAGUAAGUGAAGAACUGAAAUAUGAAAGAAUUAAGGAAGUCAUCAGUAGAUUGCCAGAGCAAAAUCAAGAUGUUCUUACUGUGUUAAUGCAGCACUUAACAAGGGUUGUGCAGAAUGCAUCUGUAAACAUGAUGACAGCUCAUAAUCUUGCUGUUGUCUUUGGUCCAACUCUUCUUCGUCCUAGAUCAGAAGAUGUGAUGAAAGCUGUAGCAAACAGUGGCACUCACAUUACAAUUGUUGAAUUGUGUUUGACUCAGGGAUAUUGGUUGGAAGAAGAGGAUGAUGAAAUGGAUGCAUUGUAUGAACCACCAUCAGAAAUUUUGCAACGAAGAGCAAACAGAGAAAUGCAAUUGAAGUCUGGACUAAAGCCUUCUCCAACGCCUCCAAAAUCUAGACAGACAGCUAAUAACAAGUCUAUUUCAAAAGGUUCUGGUGAGUCGCAUUCUUUUGAUUUGACAGAAUGCCCUUGGUAUUGGGGAAGCAUAUCAAGAGACAGUGUAACUGAAAAACUUCGUGAACAGCCAGAUGGCUCAUUCUUAGUGAGAGAUGCACAGCAAGUUCGAGGAGAAUAUACUCUUACUGUCAGGAAGGGUGGGAUGAAUAAGUUAGUUCGCAUUCGGCAAGACAAGGGUCGGUAUGGUUUUUCUCUUCCAUUGACAUUUUCGUCAGUGCCUGAACUGAUCAUGCAUUAUCGGAGUCACUCACUGGCAUCGUAUAACCCACAACUCAACUUGUGUCUCAGUAACCCUGUCUCAAGAUUUGUAACGAGUCAAGGUGAAGACACAAGUCAAGAGGCUUCUGGCAUUGAGAUGUUGCUUGAAAGAUUGGGCAAGGCAACUGAUAAUUUUGAUGAAAAGAAUGCAGAGUACCUCGUGAUAUCUUCUCGUCUGGAAAAAGUGCAGAAGGACAUUGGGAAGUUGGAGAUUCAAAUUCGAGCUCAAAGUGAAAUUCAUCAGAUGCUUGGUGAACAGGUCCUUUUGUUGGAACAAAUGACAAAUCAAGUGACACUCAGUGAGAAAACCAGACUAAUAGACAACAGACGAUCAGUUGAACAGAAGAUGGUUGCUGCUCAUGACCGAAAGGGCAGUCUACACAGACAAUUUCAAGAGGGUCAGCAAAAACUCAGCCAACUUGAGAAGCAAAGAGAACAAAUUAAAGCUCAGAUACUGCAGUUCCAUAAAGACAAGGACAAAUACAGCACAAUUCUCUCUCGCCAAAUGUCUAUGGAUGAAGUUAAACGUCGUCUUUAUGCACUGAAACGACAGGCUCGUGGUUCUGAUCUCUAUCAAGCACCUGAAAAGUUAGAUCCACACUAUAAGUCUCCUAGACUGGCAGCUUCUACAGCUUCCUACGAAAUGUACCAAGACAUGUUGUACAUGUCAGCAGAUGAGGUACAGGCACAAUGGGAACAGCAACAAGUAGGUGCAGAAUCUCUUGUCAUUCCUCCUAAAUCUACCAGCCGUCACUCAGUAUCUAGUGUUGAUUUGGGAUCGUCUAAUCAUCAACCAGUACGACCCUUUAAGUCCCAACCCAUUAUACCACCAAGGAGUUCAUUACCUCUAACAGAAGAGAUGUGGUAUGCAGGCAACAUUUCUCGACAACAAGCAUCUGACUGUCUAACUGGAUUGAAGAAUGCAUCAUACCUUGUCCGUGCAAGAACACUCAAACGAGGAGAAAACCAUAUGUACACCAUUGACAUUGUCUGGUACGGAGGAUUGGAGCACAUCAAAGUAUUUUGUGAUUCAUCUGGCAAGCUCGGAUUCCAUCCUGAAAGAGGAGAGCACAGGACACUGCAAGAUCUAGUCACUAACUAUAAAACAGUGUCGCUCACAAAACACAACCCCAAACUAACCACAACCCUGAAAUAUCCAUACAAAGCUCCUCAACAAUGAAUAAGUUUUUAUUGUGAUGGGCAUUGUAUACAACAAACUACUAGUAUUUAGUAUGUUGCAGCUGUGUCAUGCUUUUGCUACCUGAUUGACCAUCAUUUCUAGCUCAUCAAGACUGAGAAAUUCAGAGUUUUCUACUAUGUUUGA